AUGAGUCAAGCUCCAAAACCAAAGAAAUCAAAACGUUCAAAUAUACAUGAAUCCACUUCAAAAUCAAAUCAAAUCUCAGGAUCAAAUCAAAGUAAUAAAUCAGAAGUCACAGUGAAACUAAGUGGUGAAAGUAAUAAAGGAAAUUAUCUUGGAUCAGCAUUAGUCAAAUUUCCAGAUGUGAAACCCGAUAUAAAAACCCCAUUCAAUUUAUACGCUCAUAAAGUAGACCCAAAAGCCACAAAGAUCUUAGCAGGAGAAACCGAUCAAUUAGAAUUCGAAUCCAAUCGACAAUCAACCGCUGAUGUGAAUUGUAAUUAUUUAAUUGGAUUACAUUCGAUUCAAGACCAAACUCUUACACUCUUUCCCACAAGUUUUCAUGAAUUAAGACCAACAGUUAAACAACUGAAAGAUGCCAUCAAUCUUAAAAAACAAGAAGAAAAAGAAGACGAGGAAAAAGAAGGUCAUCAGACUCAUAAGGCUUCAAGAAAUAUGUUGGGUACUACGUUUGGUAGUAAGAAAGCUAGAAGAGCUAUUCAAGCUGCUGCAAGAGAUACGAUUGAUCCUGAUAGUAUGAUGCAUGUUCAAAGUCAUUUGAAAGAAGCUAUUACGACUAGUUCGAUCACCUUGACUAAUUCGAUUCAAGAAGCUAAUCGAAUCGAAUCUGAAAAACCUAUACCACCUUAUAAUAUAAAUGCUACUAGUCCUAAAGAAGUUUAUAAAUUAUCAGAUGUAGUCACUAAUCUUGAAUUAAAUUCGAUUCCGAUUGCACAUAUCACUUAUUGUUCAUCACCAGAACAGGCUAUCCGAAACUUACCAAACUCAAAAUCGAAUUUUAUUAAUAAACGAAUCGAAUCAUGUUGGAAUAGAUAUCCAGAAGGAAAAUUAAAUAAACAAGAAGAACAAAGGUUAAGGAUCUUAGUGUAUAUAAGUUAUUUAAUUAAAUUUCAUCAUCAUCGAUUUAAGAUUAAAAAAGAUAAAUUAAAAGAACUUUUGUCGGGUAAGAGAGAUGGAAGUGAAUCGUGUCCUGAUUCGAUUCUGGAUGGUUUACUUGAAAGGUUUACAGAAAAAGAAUUAGGUACUCAAGAAUUCCUGAUGACUACCUUUUCCAAUAGGAAAUUAUUGUCUUAUAUUUGUACGUUGUGUUUGAUUCAUGAAGAAUAUACUUGUGCUAUAACUGAAUUAGCAGACGAUUUAAAAGAAGAUAAAAAAUCCUUAACUGAAAUCUUUAGAUCUUUAGGUUGUAAAAUUGAUAAAUUAUCUUCAGGUGAAUUAACUGUUCAAAUGGAAGAAGCCAAGAAAUUAGGUAAAGAUACUAAAGAGAUUGAUAAACAAAGAUUAGCUAGAUUAAGUGUACCUUUAGUAUUUCCUGAACCUAGAAAGAAAAGACAAAGGAAUUAA